AUGAGAGCCCCACACGCCACAUUCCCCAUCAACGCGCGCAGCAGAGACAGCAGAGACAGCAGAGGGAGACUGCGGAGACUGCGUAUAGCCUGGCACUGGCACCAGGGCUGCAAAGUGCUGUGCCGAACCACUCCAUGUGAGACGAGAGCUGCAAUGCGUGUUUUCUUCCACCUGAAGUGCACCGUUCUGCACAAAGCGAUCAAGACAACAGCGAUAACCGGACUGCAAGACUCGGGGAAAAGCUGA